AUGGGGGCCCCCCUGUUGAGGUCCUUUAAGGGGGCCCCCCGAGAGAAGGGCCCCCCCCCAAGCUUGCUGCAUGCAAAGGGGAGACCAGGAGGAGGAGGAGGUGUAGGCCCUAAGAAGAAGACAGCGCAGCAGAAGCAGCAGCACCAGCUGCAGCUGCAGAAGAUGCAGCAGAAGCAGCAGCAGCAGGGUUUGCUAGGAGGGUUUGCUAAGCAUAAAAAGGCAAAAAAAGCAAAAGAAGCAGACGGGGGCCCCCUGGGUACUAAAAAGGGUACAGCUGCAUUGAGGGCCAAAAAGAAAAAGGAUACAGUCAUGGGGGCCCCCCCAGAGGGCCCCCUUAUUGAGGGCGCAAACCUAGAAGCAAGAGAUCUUCCUUAUGAUAUGGUGUCUGAUGAGGUAUUUGAAGGAUAUAAAUUAUUUGGUCGUCUUUGUGAUCGAUUUGUUCCUCAUGGAAGUCUUUUUCCUUCUUUACGUCUUUUUAUAGAUAGAUUAUUUACUGGAUAUUCUAGGUAUUUAGGUAUAACAGAGGAUCAAUUUAAGAUAAGAGUUGAGUAUGAAUGGCGAUUUAUAUUACCAUUAAAAAAGGACCCUCUUGCUCCGGACCCUAAGGGGGCCCCUGAGGGGGCCCCUGAGGGGGCCCCUAAUGGGGCCCCUAAUGCGGCCCAGGAGGGAGACGGUACUGAGGGGGCCCUUUAUGACUCUUCUCCCUUUGAUUCCCUUGAUGAGCGUCUCUGUCAAGCAUGGGCAGCGAAGAGAGGUUUGACGAUUAUUGACGAAGAAACAGCAAAGAAGGCAGUAAGUGUCUCCUUUUAG